ACUGCAUUCCAGAAAUCCACUCAUCUUGCUCAUCUCGCUUCUGUAGAUACACAACCAGGCUGUAUGCAAGGAUUUGGCAUUGGCCCAUCUUUGAGUUGCUGGCUAUGAGGCCCAAGAGCACUAGGACCCUGCAUGGUGUAGCCAGUAACUUGUCAUCUCUUCAGUUGGUGCUGUGGACUUGGGGCCUGGUUGCUUCUGCCAGGUUUGUGCAUGGAGAGAGCUGAGGAAUUUGUAAAGCAGGCUGUUGCUUGCUGUGCUCCGAGAUAAAUGGCUCAUUUAAAUUGGGAGCUACUAAAAUACUUUCUGGCUGGCAAAUGCAGUGCCUAGUAGCAGCUAUCAGGGAGGAACCAAACAUGAGUGGGGGAGGGGAACAGGUCGACAUUCUGCCGGCCAACUACGUGGUCAAGGACCGUUGGAAAGUGCUGAAGAAGAUUGGUGGUGGUGGUUUUGGUGAGAUUUAUGAGGCAAUGGAUCUCCUGACCCGUGAGAACGUGGCCCUGAAAGUGGAGUCAGCCCAGCAGCCCAAACAGGUCCUCAAGAUGGAGGUGGCUGUCCUGAAGAAGCUGCAAGGGAAAGACCAUGUUUGCAGAUUUAUCGGCUGUGGAAGGAAUGAGAAAUUUAAUUACGUGGUCAUGCAGCUUCAGGGCCGGAACCUUGCAGACCUCAGAAGAAGCCAGCCUCGGGGGACUUUUACGCUGAGCACAACCCUGCGAUUGGGCAAGCAGAUUCUAGAAUCCAUAGAAGCCAUUCACUCUGUGGGAUUCCUGCACCGGGAUAUCAAGCCGUCCAACUUUGCCAUGGGUCGCCUGCCUUCAACCUACAGGAAAUGCUACAUGUUAGACUUUGGUCUGGCCCGGCAGUACACCAACACCAACGGCGAAGUCCGGCCACCUCGCAAUGUUGCUGGGUUUCGGGGAACAGUCCGCUAUGCUUCCGUGAAUGCACACAAAAACCGAGAGAUGGGUCGACAUGAUGACCUGUGGUCCCUCUUUUACAUGUUAGUGGAGUUUGCAGUUGGUCAGCUGCCAUGGCGCAAGAUCAAAGAUAAGGAGCAAGUUGGCAUGAUCAAAGAGAAGUAUGAACAUCGAAUGCUGCUAAAACACAUGCCAUCUGAAUUCCACCUCUUCCUGGAUCACAUUGCGAACCUGGACUACUUCACCAAGCCCGAUUAUCAGCUGAUCAUGUCGGUGUUUGAGAACAGCAUGAAGGAACGAGGCAUUACUGAGAAUGAGGCCUUCGACUGGGAAAAAGCUGGAACGGACAUUUUAUUGUCUACAAGCACCUCCACACCACCACAGCAGAACACCAGGCAGACAGCAGCCAUGUUUGGGGUGGUUAACGUCACUCCAGUUCCUGGGGAUUUGCUGCGUGAGAACACUGAAGAUGUCCUGCAGGGUGAACACUUGAGCGACCAAGAGAAUGCUCCUCCGAUCCUGCCAGGCCGGCCAGUGGAAGGGCUGGGCCAGCCUCCUAACAUUGCCUUCAACGAGACCGAGGUUUGGGAAGAGACAGACGUGAACCGCAACAAACUCAGGAUCAGCAUCAGCAAAACCCAGUGCAUGGUGGAAGAGGAACAAAGAAGUGGUGUCUGCCCUACCUCCCCUAUACGGGCGCCUCCAGACUCCCCUACCACUCAAGUGCGCUCUCCGAGAUACCGUCGUGUGAACAGCCCUGAGUCGGAGCGCCUUUCCACUGCCGAUGGCAAAGCAGAUCUCCACGAGAGAAGAUCUCGUGUAGAUUUACCUUGUUCCCCUUCGCGGCUGGUGUGUUCCUCCCAACCAGCACAGAUGCUGUCCAUCGACACUGGCCAAGUAGACCGUCAGGCGAGCGGCAGGAUGGAUGUGUCUGCUUCUGUGGAGCACGAGGCCCUCAGCAAUGCUUUCCGCUCCGUGCCGCUGGCGGAGGAGGAGGACUUUGAUAGCAAGGAGUGGGUUAUCAUUGAUAAAGAGACGGAGCUGAAGGACUUUCAUCCAGGUGCUGAGCCGAGCACUUCUGGAACUACAGACGAAGAGCCCGAGGAGCUUAGGCCGAUUGACGAGGGCGAGGAGAGGAGGCGAUUGGGAGCGGAAGCUGCAGUCCGGCCAAAGAUCCACGAUGGGAGAACAUGGGGGAUGCAGCCUGUGACUGAGGAGGACAGUUCACACAGGCAUGAAGGACACUGUCAAACGGUAUCUGACAGCAAACCUGAACAGCAGCCAGGAAGCCCGGCCCAGUCACCGUUACACUCAGCACCAGUUCUCCGACAGCGCAGACGGGAAUCCGAACCAAUCGGUCCUCAGAGACAGGUGUUUACACUGAACCCUUUUGAAAUGAAUGGUCUGCCCAAGGCGGUGCCUUUAAAUUUGCCUUAUCAAGACUUUAAAAGGGAUGUGUCAGACUCUAGGGAAAAGCCUAGGAUCAUCCAGCGGAUAAAGAAGGUCGACUUCUCAAACAUUGUCUUGACCGCUCCUUGCAAACCACCGGAGCCCCAUCUGGAACUGAAUGGGGAGUGUGAGGAGGAAGAGGAGGAGGAGGAGGAGGAGGAAGAAGACGAGGAAGAAGACGAGGAAGCUGGUUAUUUGGGAGAAGAGAUUGACAUGCACAGUAGCUCCAGCAGCGAUGUGAGCCAGAAAAGCACAGAGCGCAGUCAGGAAGGGGCGCCAUCCACUCUGCUGGCCGAUGAUCAGAAAGAGUCCAAGGGCCGAGCUUCCAUGGCCGAUGGCGAUUUAGAACUGGAGGAAGGCUCCAAAACACUGGUGUUGUUUUCACCGGGUGACAUGAAGAAGUCUCCACUCACCACCGACUUGGCGCCAGAUGUCGAUCUGGGGACACUUGCUGCUUUAACGCCUCAGAGCGAGAGGCCGCAGCCCCUGGGCAGCCAGCUGGAUGUGUCGGAGCCCGGGACCCUGUCCUCCGUCCUUAAGUCAGAACCAAAGCCUCCAGCAGCAGUUUCCACGACGUCCUCCCCCUUUACCAAAGUCGAGCGCACGUUUGUUCAUAUUGCUGAGAAGACCCAUCUGAACAUCAUGUCUUCCGGCGGCCAGCUGGUGAGGCAUGAGGAGUACUGCCCUCCGGGCCAACUGGAAGAGAUCAUCCUUGAGGAGGAGCUGGAGGAGAACCUGGGGUUGGUAGAAAAUGGGAGUGUGAAUUCUGGUUUAGAAGGGGGAGAGAUGGAAAGCUGCAUGCUCUCGGUCAAUCACAUCGAAACCUCCUCGGAGACGGCGGGGGAGCCGCCGACGCUUCCCAACGGUGUGGCCCAGUCCCCGGAGGAGAGGCUGGAGCUUAAAGGCAAAGCCGCGCUGGCAUUGGAUUUGGAAGAAACUGACCGGCUGGUUUCAGGAGAGCCUAGCUUAGAAAAGACCAUUCUGGCGACCGAACGCCUUACGCAAACCGAGGCUCUCCUGGGAAAGGCAAAGCAGGGCCCUAGGAAACCUCUGAGUGCCAGAUACAGAAGCCGGAUUCCCAUUUUGUUCUCCGAGGAGGACACCGGCUCAGACCAGUCGGCCUCACUCUCGGCCAAAGAGAGGCUUCACAAGAGGGCCAAGCAGCCCGACUUGGUUCGCCUAGUGAUGGAGAGAAGGCAAAGCCGCCUCCUUAGACUGGCCUCUGGGGCCUCCUCCUCAGCCUCCUCCAGCGACGAGCGGAGACGUGCCUCAGAGACCCUCUCGGCCACCGGCUCAGAGGAGGACACCCAUGACUCAGACGACUCUGUCCCAAGGAGGACGGGGGAGGGGAAGGCGUCCCACCCAGGAAGAGAAGGGAAAACUUUAAGCACAAAGAGCAAAAUCCCUCGGCCCAUUGUGCCUGCAAGGACGUCGCCAGCAGCAGUGAAGUUCGGGAGCCCAGCAGCACCAGGCAGCUCACCGCUUGAUGCAGCUCUCACCGCCAGGCUUCAGAGGACAGCUGGGACUGCGCCCAGUGACUCCCCACUGAAACAGAUCCAGAGCCGGCUCCCUUCCUCCCCGAGUCCGGCUCCUCCUCCUCCCCCGUGGAGCUCUGCUCCCCCCUGGAGCCCCAGCCUGCCCCCACGCAACCUCAGUGCUUCCCCCAGACGGGAGAGUCCUUCGCCCUCCUGGCAGCAUAGGCCAGGGUCUGCCCUGCAGCGAGUGCAACCGUCUCCCCGCCCUCAACCCCGCGUCCUGGCACGGGGGCUGCUGGGAGAUCCCCCAGCCUCCCCAGGCCUGGCCAGAAAAGGACAAAGAGGGAAAACCCAGACUCAGAGCCCAGCAACCAAAGGAAGGCAAGUGGCCGCGGAAGGCAAGGCUACGGCCAGAUAAUGAUCUUCUGCCGCCCACCCGUCAGGCUGGCUAACUCCGGCGUCUAGUGUAGACCGAGCUGCCGCCGCCCAGCCCUCCACGCCGGACCCACGAGCGGCGAGCAGCACGUCAGCGCUUCCCUCCCCCCCACGCCCGCGCUCGCGCCCACGCCGUCCAGAACCAGCUGCCCCAGGGCGGAGCGCCUCUGCCCCGCCGAGGGCUCAGCCGCAGCGCACGCUUGCUAUUGCAAACCACCCAGCAGAGCCUCAGGCAGCCUGCCUAGGGCCUGCCCCCCGCCCCCUCCGGGCCCCUGCCCACGCCCCUUCUCCUGCUGCGUGAGCAACACCAGAGGCUCCAGUCCAGCACGCUGACAUGGGCGCUGCAGAGCGCAGCAGUCGAAGCCGGGGGAGAGGUGAUGACCAUGGGUGCUGCGCCCACGGGAGGAGAGGGCUCUGGGACUGGAGGGAGCUGACCCCCCUCCCCCCACACACAGUGUGUUGCUCCAGGGAGCCCCCCCCCCACCCCCGGGCCUCGCCUGCUCUGCUUGCACUGACAGUGGUUACACCCAGCGAGCCAGGGAGCAGCCCCUUGCAGUGCUCAGCCACCUCCAUCUUGACUGGCAAACUGCCCCACGGAGGCUGUCGGGCCCAGCGUGCAGCUGAGGGGUGGGGGCGGGGGCCCAGCCAGCCUUUCCUACUGUUGCCAGUCACAGCGCCACACUAAAGAGGCGGGGGGUCACCGAAUGCCUUUCGUGUGGGGGCCCUUGCACCGAAACGCCUUGCGCUUUGCGGUCAUGGUGCCAGGGGGCGGUGGUGGGGCUGCACAGUGGCGUUAACACUGUGGGGCGGCGGGGGCGGGAGAGACUGCUGUAUCCAACAGACAGGCAGUGCUGCUCUGCAGCCAGAGACGGGCUGGCCUGUUACUGCUACAGGAGCGUAUAACUAGCUGAUUUGGGCAGGUGGGGUUUCCGGCUUCCUCCUCUUGCACUCUCAGCUCACUGACGCGCUGCGGGAGCACAGACCAGGUGAAUGUAGUGGCAGGGUCAGAUUAAGGCCCCGGCUCCGGAUGGCAUGUGAUCCCUGCCGACCCCCAGCUCCCUUUAAAACCCUUUUAGCCUUCAUGGCUGGGAAGCAACGCUUGAAAAACAUGAGCCACGUGUGACCGAUGCCGCAAUGUCUGCCUGAGUCUGCAGAGAGCCUGAGACAAUCGCUCUGAGAAGGACAAAAUGCUCUAUGCAUCUCAAUGGGGGCAACGCCAGGCCCCACUGCUCUGGGGAGCCCUCCCUGCACCAUGCCAGCACUGGGGACUGAGAGUGGCAGAAGAAUACAACACACACUGCCCACCCAGGCCUGCAGAUGCACCUGGCUGCCCACAUAAGUACUUGCAGAUGACACAAAGUUUGGUGGGGUGGUAAAGAACGAUAAGGACUGGGCUGGCCUACAGCGCGCUCUGGCUCGCAGGGUACGUGAGCUCACUGCGAGAAUAGGCAUUAAAAAGAGCCAAAUGCAAGGUCAUUUUCCUGCCAAGCAAGAACGUAGCUCACGGGGGGGUCAUGUAGGGUUAAGCAGGGGAAUAGCAAGUAGACACAGGGGUACAGCAGUAGCAGGGCUGCCAACACUUGCACUUUGUGUGUCUCUCCCACUAGUCGGUCUUUCCCUUGAAGUCUCCGUUGCUGGAGUCGUGCAAAUCCCACCAGCCAGAUUAUUUUUUAAGACGCUCUCGAGCCUGCCUGGUUUCAGACACUUUAACCCAACUGCUGCCUCCAGGACAGGACCAGCAGCCGCAGGGAAAACCCCACACUGAAUUUUUUUUUUUUUUUUU